UGAAAAACGUUUACGUUAUCAAUUAAUGUAAUUAGCUCAUAGAUAAUUACAUUAAUGGCAGCUACAUGAUGUAUCCGAGCGUAAACGUAUCAGCGUUAAUUUUUCUGGCAUGCGUUCUCUCGAUUUGCGUGUGUACACUUGGGCACACCUACGGGAACGGAGAAUUACUGGAGGAUGUAAUGAAAGCAAUUCUGGAAAGACUGGACGAGAAGGAUGAACAGAUAUGGACGCUUGAAUCAUCGAUUGAGUCUCUUAGGACACAAAAUGAAUUGCUGACCCAUGAACUGGAUAUAUUGAAGGAACGCCAGUCUACCGUAGAACGAGGGUUUAACGGAGACCGGGUUGAGAAUUCUUACUCGGGAAAUGGUAAAAACGAACAAGCGAUCAAUGCAGUUUUGGCAGAGAAUUCUUACUCGCAAAAUGAAAUAACACAACGUAAAAUCACAGCUCUACUAAAUACCGGACGACAAACAAAAACCAAACGACAAAGCAGAAAAAGACGACAGGCGAAUCUCGCCGCCGGGGUUAGUGGUGGCGGCACGGUAGCAUUUUUUGCCACCCUUAUUAACAACAUUCAUCACGAGGCGGAGGGAGAUCUCGUCCCCUUCGACAAUGUAGUCACUAACGAGGGGUCAGCCUAUCGCCCCAAUCCCGGGCAGUUUGUCGCACCGGCCCCUGGUCUUUACGUCUUCUCCGUUACGCUGCAGUCUUACCCGGUCGUUGGUCAGCCACCUUCCGGCUAUGCCCUCAACAAAAACGGUGUGGAGGUCAGCAAACUCUACAUCGAUGGCUCAACCACGAUUGACAACCUCAACUACGAAACCACGAGCCAAACCGCCGUACUCAGGCUAGACAAAGGUGACGUCAUCGCAGUCACCAAUAGGGGAGCAAAUGGUGGAGUACAUGGGGAUCACUACAGCUCGUUUUGUGGCUUUUCACUUCCAACCUACGACAGCUCCAUUCAGGUCAUAGGAUGAACACUGAGAGGGCGGUGCUGCAAAGUGCGGAAUUUCUUGUUUUGUUAUUAUUUUUUUUUCUAAAGUAGCAUAGCAAACCAUUUGCCUUGUUUGAAUAAAGGCAGUUGUUUCAUGUAUUAUAAUGUCAGCUGUUGUAUGCCAAUGUGUUUAACAGGGGAUCAAUUUUUGUUAUAUUAAAGUCGAACGCGACACUUUAUUACGCCAA